GGUUAGAAACACUCAAGACAGAUUUAACAGACAGAUCAGGGGUGGACAUUCAAUUCCUCUGCUCUGAUUGCCACAGAAUAGCUCUUUUCUUUCUGCCUUAGUUCUCUGUAAGUGCGUUUAUUCUCUGGGCAAACGGAAGAGCUGUGUGGCCAGAGGAAUUCCAGGUCACAAGGAUUCCUCCGGCAAGCAUGACUUCACCUGUGUUCAUUUCCUCUCCAGCAAUGAGACCAGUGGCAUUGACUUCAAGAGGAACCGAAGACAUUAACAGAUACUUUUGUCAUUUUAGACUAUUUGGGGGAGCAUAGAGUUUAUUUGGACAUGAUGGGAUUGUUUUCAGUGGAACAGAGUGCCGUUCUGGUGGUGGCCGCUCUUUUUGGGACGUACCAGUUUGCUAAAGGAGGGUGUUCAGGAAGGUGCUGUCAAGGCACAGAUUUCACCUGUGUCACUACAGAUUGGAGGAUGGACCUUGUCUAUGGGACAUGUUAUUGUGAUGAGAGGUGUUUAAAGACUAAAGAUUGUUGCUUUGACUACCCAACAGAGUGUCCAGCUCAGCCGUGUGUGGUGAGUGAGUGGAGUCACUGGAGCGGGUGCGCUCAUCACUGCCAGCCCUCAUUCCGGGUCCGGAGACGCAGCGUUGAGAGACUGCCCCAAAAUAGUGGACAGACCUGUCCAAGGCUGGAAGAACAGGCCGGAUGCAUGGAGUAUCAGGACCGCAAGGGACAGUUUUGCACUUCUGUGCAAGGAGCAGCAUUCAUAACAACAAUGGAGUACAGCAAAGGCAGAACUCACGAUUUGUAUAGGGCUCCAACAGAUGCAGGUUUCUGUAUUGAGUUCAAGAUGGAGUCUCUGACACCGCAGUGCAUGGUGGAGAACAGACCCUACACACGCUGGAUGCAGUACUUGAGGGAAGGCUACAGUGUCUGUGUGGCCUGCCGACCUCCGGCGAUGAACAACCACAGUUGGAGUUGCCAAGGAGACGGCAACCUAGCUGAGAGGGAUGAGCUUCUACACUGGCAGGCGGUGGGAAGCCCUCGCUGCAGAGGAACAUGGAGGAAAGUGCAGAGACUACAGCACUGCUCCUGUCCACACGUGCACAGCUUCAUUUUCAUUUAACCAUAAGUUGCUUCUUCAACCCCCUUGAUAAAAUACAUUAGUAAACAAUAUAUCCUAUUACAUAUGUAAAACAACAACAUACUUUCAAAUACUACUAUUGCUGCUGUAAAUAUAACAUACAUGAAAUAGCUGGCAUAGUUAAAGUUAAGCGUCCUCUAGCGAGUGUAGAAAUAAGGACAGUAUCGUGCUGCAUCUGUCGAUAUGAAAUAACAUAUAAUGCCAUUGCUUAUCAAAAGGCACAUUUAUUUAAUUGGAAUGUGUGGACUUUUUAUACCGAUCUCACAGUAAUUUGUACAUAUUUUACUAGAUGGCUUAUUCGCUCGAAGGACCACACCUAACCCCACCCCUAAACCUACCCCUCACAGAAAUCAUGCAAAAUUAUGAUUUAUAGAGCAUACAUUAUACAUUUUAUGAGCACGUGCGUUCUUUGGGAUCAAACCCACGAUCGCAUGAUUACAUGUAGUCCUAUAAUGCAAUACUCUACCAACUGAGCUACACGAAACCCAAAUUAUAGCAAAUAAAAGAGUACAAAACAUUCAUAUGAAAACAUGCUGUUGCCGAUUGGUAAAAUUUUAGUAUAUGCUCUGAUGAGUCAUAUUUCAGGGAUUUGGACAAAAUACAGAUACAAGCGUAGUGGUUGGAGGACAGCUUAGUUGGAAGCUAUAUAAUUCACCAUCUUGACCAGUGGAGUCAUUAAAUUGCUUGAUAUUUUUUGGUAAAAAAUUGAAUUAUUUUACUCAGUGAUUUUAACAAAUGGUUGAAUAAGUCAUCUGAUGAAGAAGAAAACCGAUAAGGAAGUAGUCUUUUGAGAAAUAAGAUAAAAGUAAGAAAUACAAACUCUAAUUACUAUAAAAAAUGUCUUUCCUAUAAUUGUAAGAAUUAGGGAUAAAAUUAAAAACAUAUUAAGUGCUUCAGUUAAACAUUUAAUUAAUUAAAAUAGAGUUAAUAAUACAAUAUUACUUGACUUUAUCUAUUUUCCAUUCAUUUAAUCAGCUUUUUUUGUAUUUCUGUUCUACUUUAGUAUCUGAUUCUUAUUUGAAUACGGCUAAUAUCUGAUACUUUGUCGUGAAAUAGUUAUUUUCAGUUUUGGGAGAUUUUGAAGUUCAGAAUGCUUUUAAUGAAUAAAGUGGGACUAGUGGUGUUGGACUGGAUGGUUAAAUUAUCUUCUCACAUUCUUUUGUAUGCACCCGCUGAUUUAUUGAACUUGUCUUUGUCUACGUGUGAGUUAACUUCUAUCUGAAAAUAAGCACAUAUUACUUCAUUUUACAAUGGAGGUGAUGUACUUGAUCUCAAUAAUUACAGACCUAUAUCUAUUAUAUGCUCUAUAUCUACAUUUUAAAAAAAAAUACAUAAACAACUUUCUAAUUACUUAUGUAUUAAUAAUGCUUUAUCACCAUAUCAAUCCAACUUUAGAUCCAAUAAUUCUUCAAACGCAGCAUUACUUAAGUUCAUUAAUGACGUGUUUUCAGCUGCUGCUUCUGAUGAUUUGGUUGAUUAAUAUUUACUUUUAGAUAAACUUUAUGCUAUUGGUCUUCUCAAAAUGAAAUUAUGUGGUUUAAUUCAUACUUGCAUAACAGAAAACACAAUGUCAAUAAAUCAUAUUUUUUGUUCAACAAAGAGGUGGUUCAAUAUUGGGACCCCUUCUUUUUUCUAUUUAUAUUCAUUAUCAUGCAUUUUAAAUAAUUGUAAUGUUCAACUUUAUGCCGAUGACACUGUCAUAUAUGUGUCUAAUUCUGAUAUUUUACAAAUUCAGUUUUCUGUUCAGUAUGAUUUUAAUAUUUGCAAGAUUGGAUACUAAAUUAGUAAAUCUUAUUUCAUGAUGAGUCUUAUAUUAUGAUUUUUGGUUUUAGAGAGAAACUUAAAUCCAAAAUUUAUUCUUGCAUUAUAUCAAGACAGUACUCCUUUGCAUACUCGAUACUAAGAAAUAUCUUGGUGUGUUCACUUUCCUUUUAGUGACAUAUUAAUCAUAUUCCACAUGAAAUCAAUUUUGGAAUUAGUACUGUACAUCAAUCUCAAAAUUGUUUCACAUACAGUGUUUGUAAGAAACGUGUCUCUCAACUUCCAGUUGUUGAAUAUUGUGAUGUUGUUUAUCAUCAUUUUACAAUGUAUGAUGCACUCCAGUGGCCAUCUUUGCACAUACAGUAAGAUGACAUAUUCAUUGACUUCAGUUUCAUAAUCGGAUGUAUUUACUGUUAAGUUCUGUUCGGACUUGCUCCUUGUGUCAAAAUAAAUGAAUAAAAAAUAAAAACAUUGGUAAGAAAGGGUUUUUGUGUUUAAAGCCUCAACAGACUGGAAUAGUUUACCUGCAUAUAUUCAAACUAUUGCUUCAAGUUUUUUAAGCAAACUUAAUUAUAUUUAGUUUUGGUCUGUAAAUGUUAUCCCUGAAGAUGUUACUGUUUCUUUAUUAUUAAUUUUUUUUUUGUUCAUAUUUGAUUGGAUUCAUUGAUAAGUAUAUUUUCUUUCAUAUUUGUUAUUUCAAUUUUGUGGUGUUAUUUUCUAAUUAAUGUUAGUGUUUUGUUGUUUGGUUGUGUUUGUGGAUUUAUUAUUAAUCUGUUUUGUUGUUAUUAUGUUGUGAUUACGUUACAUUGUUUUUGGGAGCCCUUCGAAAAGGAAAUCUCAAGGGGUUAAUCUUAAU